AUGGGUGACGGGGAUGAAGGAGUCCUCGGUGCAGUUCUCGAUACGCGCCAACUCGAGGCUUUUGGCCGCAAGGUCACGGCAACUGCAAAUCAUCUUAUGGGAGACACGUCUUCCACUCAUUACCCCAAUGCGAUGACGAGCAUCUCGCGGCAGAUGCGUCGACCUGCCCUACAACGAGGUGUCCUUUCUUUCUCGCAACAGGCUCCUUCAGAACUGGUCAGGGCAAAGCUAUCCACCAGCGAAAUUGCACAUCGAGCCCUCACUUAUAUCCCGGAUGAACAGUUACAACAAAUCCCUGAAGAUACUGAUAAUUCAUACUCGUUGUUCCAGGGCUUCCAGGCGUCAUUGCCUGAGACUGAAAGUGAGCACCGGAAAGGACACCGUCGGAGGGGUUCAAAACAGCAUAAGCUACUAGGCGCCGGGGAUAUUGAAGAAGAUGGUCCCCCAACAAUACAAAACUUGAAGAAGAAACGAAAUACCGUCAACCAUAGACUCGAAAUGAUGGCCAUAAGGAAGAACAUGUCCACAACCGAGAUCCGGGACAUCGACAACAAGAUUGCAAACCUUCAGAACAUGCGGAAGAUUGUGCUUGACCGACUUGCUGGCCUUGAAAAUGAGGAGGCAGAGGUGGAGCACGAACUACUAGAGCUCGACAAUAAGAUAGAGGACGUACAAGAGGAGCUUGAGGAACAAGGGGCAUUAGAGCCGUCCGACGAUACUACCAAUGUCCCGAGACCCAUCACACCAGAAUCGGAGGCCAUGGAUGCAUCGUUCAUGUCACAGUCGAUAUACGAAAAACUCCCCUCAACUGCGGCCAUCAAAUCUCCGAAGACCAAGCGGAAACCGACAUAUGCGAGACGAAAAUCUAUGCCUGUUCUUCACGAACACUUGGAACCAGGAUCGCAUAUCAAGACGAUCCCCGCACACAAUGAUACUAUAACAGCUCUAGACUUUGAUCAACCAUUUGGCACAAUGGUUAGCGCAGCGCUCGAUGAUACGGUACGAGUAUGGGAUUUGAACCUGGGUCGAUGCAUGGGAUUCUUGGAGGGCCAUACUGCUUCUGUCCGGUGUCUGCAGGUCGAGGAUAACAUCGUCGCGACGGGUGGUCUCGAUGCCACGAUCAGGCUCUGGGAUCUCAGUCGCGCACAAUACGAACCCUACGAACGCCAAGUCGGGAACGGAGACGGAAAGAAGGGAGAAGAUGCUGAAGACGACGGCCUUGGCUUCGGCAAUGAAGAUGAAGAUGCUCCCCCUGCACCACCUCCUGGCGCUAUGGACGAAUGCCCGUUGUUUGUCCUCGAAGCUCACAUCGGCGAGGUCACGGCCUUGCACCUCCGUGGCGAUACUCUGGUCUCUGGCUCUGCGGACAAGACUCUUCGACAAUGGGAUCUGGUGAAAGGCAGAUGCGUACAGACUCUUGAUGUUUUGUGGGCCGCCGCCCAAGCGAGUUCGACUAUAGGCAGCACAGAGUCACAGUGGCGUCCGACGGGACGAGCCACCGACUCGAGCGCAGACUUUGUAGGGGCUCUUCAGUGUUUCGACGCAGCUCUAGCUUGUGGCACUGCUGAUGGGAUGGUUCGAUUAUGGGAUCUCAGGAGUGGACAAGUCCACAGAAGUCUCGUUGGUCAUACGGGACCUGUGACAUGUCUGCAGUUUGAUGAUACGCAUCUCGUGACUGCCAGUGUGGACAGGAGUGUCAGGAUGUGGGACCUCCGAACAGGAACUAUAUCCGAUGCUUAUGGCUAUGAUUCCCCUAUCACAAGCAUGAUGUUCGACACUCGUCACAUUGUCUGCGCGGCAGGCGAAGACGUGGUGAAAGUCUACGAUAAAGGGGACGGCAAGCAAUGGGAUUGUGGCGCUGGCGCCAACCUCAGCGACGAAGAUCGAAUGGCCGGGGCAAAGACCAGCAUCGUGGAGCGCGUCAGGCUAAAGGAUGGCUAUCUCAUUGAAGGCAGACGAAAUGGUGAAGUCGGAGUCUGGACUUGCUGA